GGUGGGGGGGAAAUAAUAAAGUUUAAAAUGACACUAAAAGAGUAAUAGUAGGCUGUAAAAAAAAAAGAAAAAAAAAGAGGCGGACUGAAAAAAAAAACAAAAACAAAACAAAACAGGGGGCAGAGCCGCGUCUCGCGGUGUGGGUGGGGCUGACAAGAAUGGACUACAUUAUGCAGUUCAUUUAGUUAACAAGUGAAAUAAUAGGGAAGCGUGCAGUGUGAAUGCUCAGAGAAAAGGCACAAAACCCUAUUGAGAGAGAGAGAGAGAGAGAGAGAGAGAGAGAGAGACGGAUGCGUGGUCUGGAACUUAUUUAAGAGCCUCGGUGUUUCUCUGCAGCAUCACUCUGCUGUCCAUCACACGAGAGACUGGACCAUUUUGUGAAAACUUUCUGCAUUCGUCCGCGUGCAGAAAGAAACUUUUUUGCGCAUUUUUUCCUCAUCACUUUUAAAGAAGAAGUAGAAGAAGAAGAAUAUAAAGAAGAUGCCCCGAUCAUUUCUUGUGGACUCGUUGAUUUUGCGUGAGGCCAACGAGAAAGGCAGCGAGAACAACCCGCCGCCGCCGCUGCUGCCGUACACGGUGCACCCGCCGCACGCGCUCCACGGGCUGUCGGCGGCGGUGGCCGCGUCGUGCCACGCGCGCAAAGCCGGCCUGCUGUGCUUCUGUCCGCUGUGCAUGGCGGCCGCGGCGUCGCAGCAGCUCCACCCGGCUCCCCCGGCGCUCCCGCUGCUCAAGGCGGCGGCCGCGGCGGCCUCGUUCCCGGCGGCUUUCGGCUCGCAGUGCUGCCCGUCCGCGCUCUCGCGGCAACACUCGCCCUCCAGCGGCGUGCACGUGAACCACGGCGCGGGACUUUACCAGAGCGCGUACCCGGUCGCGGACCCGCGGCAGUUCCACUGCAUGUCGCUCGAAAGCAGCAACAGCCAACUCCAGAGCAGCAAGCGUAUGCGCACGGCGUUCACCAGCACGCAGCUCCUGGAGCUCGAGCGCGAGUUCACCUCCAACAUGUACCUGUCCCGGCUGCGGCGCAUCGAGAUCGCCACCUACCUGAACCUGUCCGAGAAACAGGUCAAGAUCUGGUUCCAGAACCGACGUGUCAAGCACAAGAAAGAAGGCAAGGGAGGUUCCCACAGAACGGGUUCUCUGCACUGCAAGUGUUCGUCCGCACGCUGCUCUGAGGAAGAGGACGACACACCCAUGUCACCUUCAUCAUCAGGGAAGGAGGACGCUGAUCUCUCUGUUAGCCCGUGAACUCUCAGUAAACAAACAUACAGGGAUCGCUUCAUAGCACGCCACCUGCACAGUUCCUAAUUAGCUCUUUGAUUAGCCAAAUCAGGUGCUAGAUUUGGGGGUUGGAGCUCAACUUGGAGCUGGAGUGUACCAAAGUAGUGCUCCAGAAACAAGAAAUGUUAGCAUGUCUGAAAACAUAGUCAGAUAGUAUAGGCUUGUCUGGAUGAUAAUAGCUAACUAGUCCCUUAAUUGGUGUGGUACAAAUCUCACCUGUACCUGUAUUUUAUCUUGUCACUGGUGUGGUACCAUCAGUUGUACAUCUUUUGUACCUUUAGUGUGUAUCUUUCACCUGCCAAGGUGCAUAAGGUGUACCUUUAAAGGUACAUCACUGGUCCUUAAGGUCCAUUGCACCUUAAAAUUAUUGAUGGAACCAUGACAGCGACAGGGAAAAGUCCACUCUGGUACCUUUAAGCUAUUUCUGAGAGUGUAGCCGAUAGUGAGCUUCUCUUCGCUUCUCUAUGAAGCAAUUUUGGACAAAUUUGGGUCAAUUAAUUAGGAAUGUCAUAAACAUAACCUUUUAACCUUCAAGUUUUCCAGUGAUGCGUUUCAUAAGAGGUUCCUGAUGAGGUUCCUGAUGUACUGAGGUGAAUUUUACUUGCUAGCAAAAUGCAUGGCAUUAAAGUUCAUAGUUUAGAUGUGGAUAGCUGUGGAGAAAACCUCAGUUCUCACUCAAGUGCUUUUGAUAUUCAUCCAGAAAGAGAUAAACGCUCGCUAAAUCACUUCACCUACUCAGCUCUUCAUGCUAAUGUCACAUACUGACUGACUCAACGUGUUCUCAACUUUAUCGUCUUAAAUUCCUAAGUGCCAAAACAUUUUUUUUUAAACUUUAUGAAUAAAGUGAAAAGCUACUUAUGGGUUUUAUCUCACAGAUGUUGUGGCUAAACUGACCAAAACCCUCCUGAACGUCAAGAGAGAGAAGUUAGCAAAACCGGCUAGUUGUUGUUAUAUUAGCCGUGAUGCUAAUGUUCUGUUUCUCUUCAGGAGGAGUGUUAUUUAACUAACAUAUUUCCCUGAAUAUAAAUCAAAUACAGUGACUGUAUGUGUGUAAGUACUGAAAUGUGUAAAUAAGAGAGAGAAAAAGAGGUUUAUAUAAAUUAGGGGAACGCACGAGCGACUCCAUUAAUAGCGCUGUAUAUAAUUGUAUACAUGUUGUAUGAUUGUAGUUUUUUUUCUUUCUUAAAAACAUGUUCAUUGUUAUGUAUCACCAAAAGGUUUUGAUAUCUGUAUAUACCCCAGAAUGGAAAUUUAGUCUGUCCUUAUUCCUUUUUUUGUAAUCUUUUGUGUUGUAAAUGCAUCACAGUAGAGAUGAUUGAGUGAAAGCUGAAUGCUGCUUCGUGUUCCUCUCAACAUCUCACCACCUGUAACUGUAUGUUCAUGAGAAUAUUUAUUUAUUUAAAACAUUAUCGCUGAAAAUAAAGAAUAUUUCUUACUAGUGA